AUGGCAACUGCACGUUCGACCGAUCGUGAACCGCAACCAUCAACCUGGCAGGCCAUAGGCAACUGGCUACCGUUUCCCUUCGGCGAACACCCAUGGUGGAUUGAUGGAACGACACGGGUCCCGGACGAAGAGGAUGAGCACCCUCGAUUAUGGCGCGAAGGGGUGAUCAAUAUCUUCGACCAUAAUGGCUUUGAUUUUCAGGUUUUCAUCGUCGCCGCGUCCGGCUUUUUGACGGACUCAUAUUCACUCUUCGCGACCAAUGUGAUCCUCCCAUUAUUGGCAUUUUUAUAUUGGCCCGAUCGAACGGAUCGCCUGCCUGAGCUAUAUAUUAAUGUCGCAACUCUCGCCGGCUCCGCUAUCGGGCAGCUGUUGUUUGGUUGGUUGACUGACCGUCUAGGACGACGGAAGCUGUAUGGACUAGAGCUGGUACUGGUGAUAUUUGCAACAUUGGGGAUGUCGCAAGCUUCGACCGGCCUAUAUAACAAUAUGAGCAUCCUUAGUUGGAUCGUCUUCUAUCGCUUCUUUCUCGGGAUGGGAAUCGGCGCCGAGUACCCCCUCAGUGCUGUAAUCACGGCGGAAUUUUCCAGUACUGACUAUCGUGCCAGAAUGAUGGCAGCUGUCUUUUUGAUGCAACCUUUGGGACAGAUAUUGGCUGCUGCCAUUGGCUGGGGAGUCUUGGCAGGGCUCAUGAAGUCUCGAGGCAUACAGGAUCUACCUGAUCAUGGAUCAAGCUUUGACCAGCUACCUUUAGACCAGCAACAUUUGAUCUUGGCAACCCUGGACAGUGUGUGGCGAUGGGUCAUUGGCGUGGGCUGUAUUCCUGCCCUUCUUGCCAUCCUAUGGCGGUUUUCGAUUCCCGAAUCUCCCCGGUAUACAAUGGAUGUCGCCCACGAUCCUAGACAAGCAUUCGCUGCCACUAAACGACAAUUUCAGUCCACUGUGCGCUUGUUAGAUUCCGGUAAUGCUGAUAGGAUCCCAAGACCAAAUCCACCAAGAGAGACAAGAUCUCCCUCAAUCGUCCCAACGCCCGAUCCAGAACAGACAGCCGCUUCCGGAUUCUGGACCUUCUUAUUUGAGGAAGGAAACAUCAAGUAUCUUGCAGGCACUUCUAUAUGCUGGUUCCUCCUUGAUUUCUGUUUUUAUGCAUUGGGGAUCAACUCCCCACGGCCUCUUGCUGCUCUUUGGGCUUCUUCCAUACCUAACAUUACAACAACAACUGUAUUACCAGCCGCUACCACCACAAUGACGAUCCCCGUUACGGAGCAGGUAACAGUGAAUGGGCUCUUAUACAAUGUCACAACUUCGGUUAUCGCAAAUAUUCCACCACCAACCACCACUCUAACUAGCAUUAUGGCUGCAACAGAUCUUAACUUAAGGGUGCCUGAUUACCAAAAUAUCUGGUAUCCUUCAUAUAACAUGUUCGAUGGGUUAUCUCAUAACGCAAAGCUCUAUAUUUGCACAAUUUCAAUUACGUCCUUGGUUGGCGGCGGCUUACUGAUCUGUAUCAUUGAUUACAUACCACGAAAACGAUGGUUGGUCUGGUCUUUCCUCUUGCUAAGUGUCUGGUUUGCCAUUCUGGGAGGCGUUCUCGAGGCCACUGAAUUUGGAAAGGGCCAUAUAGCAAAUGUGGUUCUGUAUGCAUUCUGCCAGCUGUGGUUCAACCUCGGUAAGUUUCUCGUUCAUCCAGAAGUUGGAGACGAUGAGUGGCACUAA